UUCUCGUUUCUUUCCCCCAUUUCAUAUUAUCUCUUAGCUAAUUUUCAACAACAACAGCCAAUGGAAUCACAGAAAUUAGACAGGGGAUGCUUUGUGUGUGGUAAAGGGGAAGCUAAAAGAUGUUCAUCUUGUAAACAGGUUUUAUAUUGUUCUAAAAUAUGCCAAAAGGCUGACUGGAAAACUCAUAAAAAGAUGUGUGUUAAAACUGACCAAAACGCUAACUACAACGAGAAACAUGUCCACCUACCGUUGGGAGAAACAGAUAAUCUUCCUCAGAUACCACUCACAAGUACAUUGUACGAAUCUGCCACAACCAAGACCAAGAACCUGUUCCCAGGAAAGGAUGUCCUCUGUUCCUUGGAUACUCUCUCUCCAGCUCCUAGGUUUGAUGCUGUUUUUCUGGCUUACAUUGAAGGAAUUCAUCCUUAUGUAUUUCGCCAUGCAAUAAAUAUUCUGGAUAUGAAUAGAAAGGAAUCGUUUUUGACCUUCUACCUUGACUACGACAAACCAGAACCUUACUUCACAUGGGAAGAUGUCAGACCAGGAAAGUUCGUUGUUAUCCAACUUCCACAUCUUCAUUACUUUAUGGACGGUCAAGUCGGAUUCAGGAUAGAGGAACCUUACGAAGUCAGAUUUCUGGAUGGUUGAGCAUUCAGUAAAACAUUCAUCCUAAAUCGAGCAUUUAUUUAGGCAUUUAUGUGAGGCACCAUCUUGGACAUUUUUAUUUGCUAAUUCGUCCUGAUCGAAGAUUUGAAAACAUAGAUACAAAACAAAGAACAAUUAUCUUAUAUUAUUUUAGACCAAUAAUUAAAUCCUGUAUUUAACUUUA